AUGGUACAACUUAGACCUUGUCACCAAGCUAUCCGGGUUGACCCCGUCAGCAUCUUCACCAAAAGCCUCCCUGAAUCAACUCUACCUGUGAGUGGGAUAUCAAACGGGGAAACCAUGAGAGAAUACGAGGAUUUGAAACUGUCUUUGCUGCUUUACGAUGCCAUGCUGAUCUUUGUUGGUACAUCAGUCGCAUCCUUCUCAGCUGCGGAAAACAUAAGCUUUGCAUUUUUAACAGUUGGGAUGGGCGGCUUCUUUUAUCUCCUGCUACUGCAAAGGUCGGUUGAUGGAUUGCCCGCUGCAGAAUUGACUUCCACGAACACAGGACAGACCAACCAAACCUUCGGAGGAUCUAAGGUUCCAAUAUUUGUCCUUGCAUUGGCAAUUGGUUUCACUUUACUCACAGUGAAGUAUGGCUCGGGGGACGUCCCAAUCGUAUUCACGCCGAAAGAACUCAUAGCUGGGAUGAUUGGAUUUCUUGCAUGUAAAGUUUCUGUGGUCUUGGCGGCAGUUAAGCCCUAG